CUUCUCUUGGCUUCUUCCUGGAAAUUUUGACGAACUUUCGCAGCGGUUUCUUCUGCUAGUUCAGACUUCAGAGGAUGCUGCUAAGCGCGUGGGACUUGAUCUCAAGUCGUCGCAGCCUCGCAGGCUAAAGAUCAAGGCGAGGGAGAGAGAGGGGAGUAGCCUCUCGACCUCCAAAAAUCAUCAUCUGACUAGCUCUGCUCUUCGAUGGAUUAGCUGACGAAAGAAGACCCUUGUUCUGAUUUGAGACUCUCAGAUCUGGAAUAGUUUUCCUGUUUUUUUGUCUGCUUGGAAGUUAUACAGUUUCUGGCGAGAAUUUUCCUCCUGGGAGAAGAGAUUAUUAGUUCUUUUUUGCUUGAAAAUCUUGGGGAUUAGUUAUGAAUUUGAGCGACAAUCACAUAGAACAGCAGUGAACAGCUUUUUUCUGGUUUAGUUCUGCAUUUUGGAGAUCUCUGUAUAUACUGGCAGUACAACUAUAUCAAUUUCAACAUCACAUUGUUUUGUUCUGAUGUUUUAUUGAAAGAAUAAUUCUUUUUUAACUUUAGUGCAGGGUUUUCAUCACAUUAUUUCGCCAACUGCUGCAAUAAUACCUAGAGGCUAGAACUACAAGCUCAAGUCAAGCCCCAGAAGCACUAAGGCAAUGGCAGAAGCUGUGCUGCUUGCCAUCUCAAAGAUCAGUACAGCUUUGGGAGAUGAAGCCACCAGGGCUGUCAUAGCCAAACUCUCCGGAAAAGUAUCUAACUUGAGGGAACUUCCUGACAAAGUUGAGUAUAUCAGAAGGGAAUUGCGUCUCAUGAAAGAUGUAAUACAAGAUUUAGAUUCCACAAAUACCAACAUGAAUGUUGUCAAGGGUUGGAUCGACGAACUGCGGAAGCUGGCUUACCGUGUUGAAGACAUAAUGGACAAGUACUCAUACUAUGCUUGUCAACGGCAGCAAGAAGGAUCAGUGAUGAGAUGCGUAAGAGGAGCACAUUAUGCAGGUGUUUUCAGUGAAGUUGCUAGUGAGGUAAUGAAGAUAAAGGGUGAUGUUGAACAGGUUAAAAGACAGCAAAUGGAAUGGUUACCUACAGUUCAGCUCAUUUCAAGAACACCCACUGACAUCGAAACACCGCGAUCUCAAGGAAGAAGAAAGUUGCUUGAAUGUGGCGAUCCUGUGGGGAUUGAAUACAACAGGAAAAGGUUGCUUGAAUUACUGUACCCUGAAGAACCAGGCCACAAAGUGAUAACAGUGUCUGGUAUGGGUGGACUGGGAAAAACCACCCUGGCCUUAGACGUAUUUGAACGUGAAAAGAUCAAGUUCCCAGUUCAUGCCUGGAUCACUGUGUCACAGACUUGCACGAUCCUUAGUCUUCUAAGACAGUUAGUCAGUCCGCUCAUACCCAUGGAACAAGAAUCAUCAGAAUCCAAGGAAGAUCUAAUCAACAAAAUGGGCGUUCAUGAAUUGACAAAAGAAUUAAACAGAAGGACUGAAAACUGUACAUCAUGUUUGAUUGUGCUAGAUGAUGUCUGGGACCAGAACGUGUACUUCGAAAUACAGGGCAUGCUUAAGAAUCCCCAAGCAAGUCGCAUUAUCAUCACGACACGGAUGGAACAUGUGGCAGUUCUUGCUCCCUCUGAAUGCCAUCUCAAGAUACAGGCUUUGGGUGAAAUUGAUGCAUUCAACCUUUUCUGCAGAAGGGCAUUUUACAACACAAAGGACCAUAGGUGCCCGCUGGACCUUGAGAAUGUGGCUGCCUCCAUAGUAAGUAAGUGUAAGGGGCUGCCCCUAGCACUUGUUACCAUGGGUGGCCUGAUGUCCACAAAGCUACAAACUGAGCAUGCCUGGCAACAAAUGUACAACCAGCUUCGGAGUGAGCUGGCCAAAAAUGAUGAUGUCAAGGCAAUUCUGAAAGUAAGCUACCAUGCAUUACCAGCUGACCAAAAGAACUGCUUCUUGUACUGCAGCCUGUUCCCUGAAGAUUUUCGCAUAUCUCGUGAGAGCCUUGUGCGGUACUGGGUUGCAGAAGGUUUUGCGGUGAGAAUCGAACACAAUAGACCAGAAGAUGUGGCCGAAAUAAAUCUCAUGGAACUGAUCCACCGGAACAUGCUUGAAGUUGACGAGUAUGAUGAGCUUGGCAAGGUGAUCUCUUGUAAGAUGCAUGACAUUGUGCGCAACCUGGCUCUCUCAAUUGCUGGACAGGAGAGGUUCGGUUACGCAAAUGAUUAUGGAGCUGUGGAAAAGGUUGAUUGGGAAGUCCGUCGUCUGUCAUUAUUCUUGAACAAUGGAAAAGGUUGUGCAUCAACAGUGAAAUUUCCACAUCUUCGCACACUACUUGAAACAACUACACACCCUCCUGGAUUGUUAUCCUCAAUUUUGUCUGAAUCCAAAUACCUCACUGUCCUAGAGCUACAAGACUCAGAUAUCACCGAAGUACCAGCAUGCAUAGGCAAAUUGUUUAAUUUACGUUACAUUGGCUUAAGGCGGACAAGACUCUGCUCACUACCAGAGUCUAUUGACAAGCUCUCAAACCUGCAAACUCUGGACAUCAAGCAAACUAAAAUAGAGAAGCUACCACGUGGAAUCACUAAGAUCAAGAAGCUGAGGCACCUUCUAGCUGACAGAUAUGAGGAUGAAAAUAAGUCAGAGUUCCGGUAUUUUAUUGGAGUGCAAGCACCCAAAUAUCUGUCUAAGUUGGAAGAACUUCAGACUCUUGAGACUGUGGAAGCCAGCAAGGACUUGGCCGAGCAGCUGAAGGAACUAAUGCAGAUAAGAAGUAUUUGGAUUGACAACAUAAGUUCUGCUGAUUGUGGAAAUAUUUUUGCUACACUAUCAAAUAUGCCGCUUCUUUCCAGCUUGCUUCUUUCGGCAAAGGAUGAAAAUGAGCCACUUUGUUUUGAGGCUCUCCAGCCCAUUUCCAAUGAACUCCACAGGUUAAUUAUCAGAGGGCAAUGGGCUAAGGGCACACUAGACUACCCGAUAUUUCAUAGCCAUGGUACAUAUCUGAAAUAUUUAGCUCUAAGUUGGUGUCAUCUUGGUGAAGAUCCACUGGGGAUGCUCGCAUCACACUUGUCAAACCUCACUUAUCUAAGACUGAACAACAUGCACAGUUCGAAAACUUUGGUUCUUGAUGCAGAGGCGUUCCCCCACCUGAAGACUCUUGUGUUAAUGCACAUGCCUGAUGUCAACCAGAUAAACAUCACGGAUGGCGCCCUUCCAUGCAUCGAAGGUUUAUACAUUGUAUCAUUGCGGAAGCUGGAUAAAGUCCCUCAAGGCAUUGAAUCCCUUGCCUCCCUAAAGAAGCUCUGUUUGAUGGACCUGCACAAAGACUUCAAGACUCAAUGGAAUGGUGACGUGAUGCACCAGAAGAUGCUGCAUAUUGCAGAGAUCCAUGUAGGGUGGUGAAGCCAGGAUUUAGAGACGGGGGGUGCCAUCUACGAGACGUGGUAACUCACUUAAGGUUCGGUGAACAGUGACAUUGUAGCGUUGAUGUAUGAUUGCUAACUCGACAUCAUACAUGUUAUAGCGAUUAGCUAGAAGAGAGAAUGAGAACCUAUAGAUCAUAAUUUGCCAAUUUAAACAGUUUGUUCCAUGAUUUUAAUUGGAGUCUUGCAAUCAUUUUUAAAAUGAUAAAUCAGUUAACUAAGUCAUUUCAUAAGUCCUAUAUAUAUAGCUAGGCAGUUGUCCUAUAUAGUUAGUCUCAUCCGCAACUAAUGAUGUAAUUAAUGGCUAGAUUAUAAGGGCUAAUUAUCCUUGGGAGAAGAGAGGGGAGGGGAGGUCACAUAGGGGUUAGGGGGGUGUUGGCCCUCCCUGGCCCCUACGGUGGCUUCGCCACUGUCCGUAUAUAGAUGUUGCAGAUUGGUUCUCUCUACAUUAGUAUUCUUUCUUAAAGUAUGCCUGCGUGCAAGUACAUCACACAUUCAGUUCUUUCCAGUAAUUUGUCGGAUUUGUAUAUGUAUGGUCGGUAUUGUUUUCUUUGGUAACAUGUCAUGCUUGAUUUUUUUUUUCCUAAAGAAGGCCCCAUAAUUUAUGUGUUGUUUCAAUUGCCUUCAGAUUUAUUUCAUGUAAGAAACAUGUCCCAUUUUUAUCAACGGCAUCUUCCUGUGAUGUUAUCAA